AUGGGCAAUGAUGACUACACAAUGUUAAUCGCGCUGCUAUUCACCCUCGCAUAUCUCGCAACCAUAUACAUCCUACGCGCAAACGGCAUGGGCUUCCGCGGCACGCAGGUUACCUUCGAACAAGCGACGACGACGCUGCAAGUCACAUGUUUUAUAGCUGCAGAAAAAACCUUUGAGCGCCUCUGCAAAGCAACAAUAUACCUCCUCCUCACCUUCUGCCUCGUCUGCAUCAUCGUCGUACUCGCGCAAUGCCGGCCAUUGCACAAGAUGUGGGACUUGACCGGCAUGGUACCUGGAAGCUGCAUUAACACGUCAGUCUUUAUAUACAUUACCUCCGCAACCAACAUCCUCCUCGACAUCUGGAUCCUCAUCCUGCCGAUAAAACUCCUCCUCAGCAUCCAGCGCCCCGGGCGUGAGAAAUCCGCUUUACUCGCCAUCUUCGCGCUCGGCGCGUUCUCGUGCAUAGCGAGCAUCGUGCGGUUGUAUUCUGUGCGCAUCUUUACGACCUCCACAGACCCCUUUUUCUCCUCCGUCCCCAUAAAUACAUGGUCGCAGAUCGAAAUCAACGUCGGCAUCUGGUGCGCGUCGAUUCCCGCGCUCAAAGCGCUUUUCUCCAAAGCGCAGCGCGCGAGGACACAACAUACUUUAUCGCACGGCUAUCAGUAUCAUGGGAGUGAGAGGAGUGGGGGGAGUGAGAGUGUGAGAAAGGGGGUAGGCAGGGCUAGAAUGACGAAGAGCGAGGAGUUUGUUAUGGAGGAGAUGUCCCCGAGUUCCCUGGAGACUUCCACGUUUCAAUGGCUUAGCCUCGCCUAA